AUGCGGCGCUCUGCGCGGCGUGCCAACGUGGCGGCGCUGUACGAGUUUGUCGAUGGAAACUUCCUGAACAACAAGCGGCCGGCCAUCCCUGGUGGGGCUUGGCCACUGGAAUGCUUGCGCCGCAAGAGCCUUGCGGAUCUGCAGCAGGUAUGGCUGUCAUUGCUGAAGGAGCGCAACAUGCUGAGCACCAUCAGAGAGCACUACCUGAAGCACCAGGAAGAGCUGGGGGCGAUGCCGGCGCCGUCGCGACUGAAGAUGGUGGAGGACUCGAUGGAGAAUGUGAAGAGGGUAGUGAAGGAGCGCGACGCGGAGGCGACAGCCGAGGCGGUGCGCAUCUUCCAGGAGCGUCUCGCCAAAGGCAUCUACCGCUACCCACCGGGGCCGCCACCCCCGCCCGGGGCCCACUGCUCGAUGUGUACGGUGAAGCUGGUGCUGAGCCGCCGCGUCGACGAAGAGCGGCUGCGGGAGUUGCUUGGACGCUUCGACGUGUUCGAGGAGCACAAGGGCAUUGUGGCCCUCACGAUGCAGCUGCCCGAGGAGGUCCUGGCGAAGAAGCGCGACGCGGAGCAGCUGUGGCAACAGUACAUGACAGAGCGGCGCGAUGUAGAGGAGUACUAUAAGUGGCCUGGCAGCAGCACGGGAGGUGCCGAGUCGGCGAGCGUGUACGACUACACAGUGGUAGAGCUUGCCCCGGGGGUGUACAGUGGACACCGUGGCACAUCGGCUGCCGAGUCGAACGGCAAGGACGACGGCAACGCGGUUGCCCACGACGUCGUCCAGGCAGCGCAGCUACCGGUGCCGCCCCCCAAGACGCGACCCCCGCCCCCACGCAGCCCGCUCGAGCAUAUCAAGUACCAGCAGCGCUCUGUCCUCAGCAAGACAGUCAUUCAGCUCGGCUAUUUCCCCAACAUCACGACCACGCCGCCGCAGUACACCAAAGUGGAUGAUGUGCCGCGUCCUGUACACCCAGACGAAAUCGAGGGCCCGUGGGAGGUGCGGGUCACCUACGAUGCAAAGGAUGGACUGGCCUAUGUGCAGUCUCUUGGCCUGACGUCCAUCGACGGAGCAGUCGUGCUCUCAGUGGAGGAGGAAGUCCCCGCCACAGCGCAGCCGUACGCCGCCGUAGACCCGGUCUACCAGGAGGCCGUCCGCCGCGAGAUGGCGCAGGAGGAGACGCUGAUGAAGUGGCCGAACGUGCCGGAGUGGAAGUAUCAGUACGACCUCUACACCAAGAAGAACCUUGCGCAGGUGGUCCAGUACAACUACUCCAACGUGGUCGACUACAUCGACCGCGAGGUGCUCUUAACCGGCCGCUCUGUCUGGGAGUCGCCGAUCGACAUCGACCCCACGUGCGGCGGCAUGAAGUCGGUACCGGCGCAUGCGAAGAAGCCAAAACGCUACAUGACACAUGGCCUGAGCGAGGUAGGGGUGACCGAUAUUUAG